UGGUGGUGCUAAGCGGGCCGGCACACGUCAGUAUAUGAGUUUGAGUUGAGUCCAUCCUCCGGCUGAACUUUCUCCUCCACAUUCAGUAAUCUGACACCGACACUAACCCCAAAAAGCAGAGGAUGGAUUCCCACCUUCAUUCGCAAAAAUAGCUCAGCAAGAGCAGGCAAGACAAAAAGAGUUCAAACGGAUAGAUAUCUUAGCCUACUGCCUGCGUUCGCUUAGUGUUUUGUAAAGUGGGUUUAGUUUUUUAUAUUUACUAAAAAGUUCUUAUCUAAAGAGGCGGAUGGGUGACUACCAUUCUCGGCGCUUCCAUGUGAGGAGACGAUGAAGAAUUACAGCAGCAGUUCCCGUCUAAAGAAUCACACCGCGAAUCACAGCAGCAGAGAUCCGAACAACAGGAGGGGGUUCUGGGUAUCGUCUAUCGGGCUUCGAUUCUCCUUACGCGAUUAUGCUUUCUGUAUGGCCACACUGUUUCUCUUCUGUCUCGGUUCAAUGUUUUAUCAGCUGAACGGAGGACCCCCUAAAGUUCUGCUGGAGUUCAGACAGUAUCUUGGAGAAUCCACUUUUGUUGAUGACCAUGGACCUCCCGUGCCUAGGGUGUUGCCAUUCCCAAGUCAGGUGAUCUACAACAGGGUGGGCAAGUGUGGAAGUCGGACAGUUGUUCUGCUGCUGAGGAUUCUGGCAGAAAAGCACGAGUUUAACCUGGUGUCCUCUGACGUUCAUAACAAAACUAGACUCACAAAGCAUGAGCAGGUGGAGUUGAUGAGAAACAUCAGCACUAUUCCGCAGCCUUUUCUGUACACCAGACAUGUUCAUUAUCUCAAUUUCACAAGGUUUAGGAUAGAGCAGCCUGUCUACAUAAACAUCAUCAGGGAUCCCAUUAACCGUUUCCUGUCAAAUUACUUUUUCCGCCGUUUUGGGGACUGGAGAGGAGAGCAGAAUCACUUGAUCCGCACACCCCAGAUGAAAGAUGAAGAGCGAUAUCUGGACAUUAAUGUUUGCAUCAUGGAAAACUACCCAGAGUGCUCUAACCCUCGCCUUUUCUACAUUGUUCCAUACUUCUGUGGACAGCACCCUCAAUGCAGGGAGCCAGGUGUGUGGGCUUUGGAGAGGGCCAAACAAAAUGUUUUAGAGAAUUUCCUCCUUGUGGGGAUUCUGGAGGAGUUGGAGGAUGUAUUGCUCCUGCUGGAGAGACUCCUACCUCAGUAUUUCAGUGAUGUCCUGAGCAUAUACAAGAAUCCAGCGUUCUGGAAGAUGGGAAACCUUACAGGCACAGUAAAAAAGCACAUGCCCAGUCUAGAGGCCAUGCAGGUGCUUUACCAAAGAAUGAAAUAUGAGUAUGAGUUUUACAACUUCGUUCGUGACCACUUUCAUCUCACCAAGAAGAAAAUUGGACUCAAGUCCACCUCUCAGAACUCUGCUCAUGAACCUGACUUCCUCCGUGAGCUUGCUCUCAGGACUCAUGACCCUUUGGAAGAGGAGGAGGAUGAAGAGGAUGAAGAGGAGGUGGGGCAAGAGGAUGCAAACAUCUGGUUGGUUCAACCCUGAGUGUCGCAAUGGAUGUAUAGGCAUGCCAGAUAUCUCAUAAGCUUGAUGUUUGUCUGAUCUGGAGACAUUCCCAGGAAAAAUUGGGUGUGUAAUAUUGAUUCCCGUGUUUUUAAUGGGAUGGCCCUUUAAGACACACUGCCCUCUCAGGAGCAUGGGAGGGUCUGAAUAGUUUAUUUAAGGAACUGACAAGUAAUGAUUUUCAGCAUAUUUCAUAUGUUCAGAUAUGAAAGAAAGCUGUUGUGGAGUUGUAGUCGUUUCCUUGUGAGGUGAUACAAGAUCGGGAUUACAGGGAUGAUGCUGAAUUGUAUGCUGAAUGGAAGGAAGAACUUAAUGUGGUACAGUCUAAAAGAAUCUGAAGUGCUAUGGAAACUAUCUGACUAUGGAUGAAGUUAUUUUAUCCAGUGGUCUACUCCAUACCUGGAACCUGGGUAACCUCAGACUGCACACAUCAUACAAAGAGACACACGCGCGCACACAAACACACGCACAUUUACAGACUACACAUUGGAGGUAAAUGAGGAUCACAGCAGCUAAAACAUUAACAACCUCUCUUACUUUUGUGAGUCAAAGUGCCAAACCGUAGAAAGUGCCAGCUGUAGUUACUUCUGCUGUUGCCACCCCACACAAUGCAAGCAAUGUAUGAGCACUAAUCAGAUAUGAUCAUCUCAUUGUUGCUUAGUUCCUCCUCUGGCUCCAGAAGCCUGCUGCAACUCUGUGCCAGAACCUAGUUGGUUUUGAAAGGAUCUUUUCUUUUGGACAUGUAAGCUAUUUUAUAAAGAACCAAACAAAUGUUGAAUGUCUACAGAAUGUUUAAGUUAAUUGCAGUAUACUGUUCAUCAAAUAUGUUUGAGUAUGUUAAAAAAAAAAUUCGCCCUGGUUGUGUGUCAUCUGAUGUUUCAGUCGCUGUAUAAAUCCCCCAGAUCAAAACACUUCCACUAACUUUCUCUAGUUUUUUCUUGAAUUGCCAACUUGUAUUCAUUACUGAUUAGACUCAUAAUGCAUAUAUAUUGAAUUAUACUGAUAAAGUGAAAUAAUUAAUAUAUAACUAAAUAGAUGUUCUAAGCUACAAGAUCUCACAGAAUUAAAUACUUCCCAUUUAAACUUGCCAGUUUAAUAUAUAGAUGUAUGUAUUUGUUUUGUGUUCAGUGUGGAUUUUAUAUUGUUUAAUUUAUUUUACAGUAUUACUUUUGAUGAUUGCAUUCCAUGUACGAGUCUCAGGAAAAAAAAAGAGCAGAUUUUUAUUUUUUUUUGCAUCUAACAUCUGGCAAAAACUUAAUGCAUCGAAUACAUAAAGGUUAUUAAAGCACAGCUAUAAUGUCCACUCAGUUGGAUACCAAAAUUUAACUUUGGUGAAUAAUAUUACAAAUUAACUGCACAUUAACUGGGAAAGCUAUCAAAAUAAAAAUAUUAUAACAGCAGUAGUUGUUUGUGAGACUUCUCUUCAAGGGCAUAGAUUCCAGGGGGGAAUCCCGAUAAUCAAAGCAAGCAAGAAAAAAUCAAUAUAAGAGUUCAACUGUGCUUCAUAAACACGCAGGCCCUCCCAUUGCAUAAAGGGAAGGUAAGAAACAAUAACACUUUUUUAUUUUUUUAUAAUUUUUUAUUAUUUCAGUGUUUGUUUUUAUCCCCCUCCUAAUCAGGGGCACAUUUAGGUGAAUCGAAAAUGUUUGCUUAAAAAUUACAUAAAAUUUAUUUUAAAUCAUAAUUUUUAAUUCAUCCUAUCAGCCAUUGUAGCCAAGAACAUUCAAAAUGUUUAAUGAAAUAAAAAUCUAGUUAAAGAUAAUUAAUACAUGUUUUCCAUUUUUUUUUCCACAAUACAGUGAUAAAAAAGCAAUAUUUACCUAAAAUCAGUUUGUCAUUAUAAUAUAAUACAGUAUUAUUAUUAUUUAAAGGAUUUGUUGUUUACAAUAGUGUUAUCCAAAUCUGUCUUAUUUACUUAAAUUUUACCUUAUAUUCUGAUGCUGCAGUGUAUUAUUUACCACUUGCAAAAGGCUGUAUUUUUGUAAGCAUCGUAGGCAACAUUCGUAACAGUAAACAUAUAAGGCACGGCAGCCCCUCAGCACACUAGAGCAGAAGGGGGGAAACAUUGCUGUUUAUCAAGCGCUUAAACUUUGCUUGGUGUAGAACAAUCAAGAAUGACGUUAAACAUUGUAAUGACUCGGUUACUAACGUAACCUCGGUUCCCUGAGAGGAGGGAACGAGUAUUGCGUAAGUAGCUUACGCUAUGGGAAA